GUAAUUUGUGCAGAUGUACUGGAUAUCGUCCUAUUUUAGAUGCGGCCAAAACGUUUGCUAAUCCACACAAGAAUUGUGAAACUUCAGAGUUGGGUACUUUAUUAGAUGAUGGAUUAUUGAUCGGCGCAAAUAUAAGUCUUUCGACACUUCAAGAAAUUUUACAAGAUGCACUCAAACGUUACGAGGCACUUUUGGAAAAUCUUCGCUGGUUUGCUGGCAAUCAAAUCCGUAACGUAGCAACGCCGGCGGGAAAUAUUGUUACGGGCUCUCCGAUUUCAGAUCUGAAUCCCAUUUUCCUUUCAUCCAAAACAUUAUUUAUUCUUUCUUCUUUAGAACCAUCAUCCAUGGUAGCAACAGAUCGAACUGUUCUAUCUGAAUCAUUUUGGACAGGAUAUAGGCAAAAUUGUUGUAAAGAAAUGGAAAUUUUAAAAAAAAUCUUUAUUCCCUUCUCAAAGCAAGGACAAUAUAUUAGAGCUUACAAACAGGCUAAAAGACGUGAUGAUGAUAUUGCUAUUGUCAAUGCUGGGUUGUCUGUAUUAUUGGAUGAUGAUAACAGUGUGAAAGAGGCUUCAUUUUCCUUUGGAGGAAUGAGUUGGGUUACUGUUAGAGCACCUGAAUCUGAGAAUUUUGUUUUGGGCAAAAAGUGGGGUGACCAAAAUGUUUUAAAAGGUCUUCUUGAAAAGUCGUGUGAGGAAUUUCAAAUGAACUUUUCCACACCUGGCGGUAUGGCGACAUAUCGCAAAUCAUUAGUUGCAGGAUUUAUGUACAAGUUUUGGUACGAUGUUUCAAAAUCGGCUAAUAUAAUAGUGGAUGAUUGUGAUGGUGGUAUUGAAAAUUUUGUUGGAAUAAUUGAACGUGAUAUUUCAAAAGGUGUUCAGACUGUUGGGCAAGCAGAGGAAGACAAGAAAAUUGUUGGCAAACAAGUUCCUCAUGUAUCAGCUAUGAAACAGGUUACUGGUGAAGCGAAGUAUACUGAUGAUCUACCAAAGGUUCAUGGCGAAUUAUAUGGAGCAUUGGUUUUGUCACAAAAGGCUCAUGCAAAAAUAUUAGGAAUUGAUGCAACUGAAGCAUUGGCUCAACCUGGAGUAAAAGGUUUCUUUUCGGCAAAGGAUGUGCCAGGAAAUAAUGUUUGGGGACCCGUGUUGCGUGACGAAGAGGUUUUCGCCAGUGAAGAGAAUUUGUUUAGUGUAUUUGUUGUAGCAAUAAGACAAAUUAUCGGUUUAGUAGUAGCUGAAACACAAAAAAUUGCACAAGAAGCAGUGGGUUUGGUGAAAGUACACUAUUCCGAGUUGCCUCAUAUUUUAACUAUCGAAGAGGCGAUUGAAAAUAAUAGCUUCUUCCCAUUGAAUAGAUGUAUAGUAAGAGGAGAUGUAGAAAAAGGGUUGGAGGAUGCUGACUUUGUUUUUGAAGGUGAAACAAGAAUUGGUGGUCAAGAACAUUUCUAUUUGGAGACACAAGCUACAUUAAUAAUUCCAAAAUUCGAGGACAAUGAAUUCGAAAUUCAUUCGUCAACUCAAAAUCCUACCGAGACACAAUUUGAAGUUGCCUCAGCACUUGGUAUUGAUGCAAAUAAAAUUGUAUGUCGAGUAAAAAGGCUUGGCGGAGGUUUUGGUGGAAAGGAAACGAGAAGUAUUCCUUUAUCAUUAGCACUAGCAGUUGGCGCAUGGCAUCUUAAAAAACCUAUUAGAUGUAUGUUAGAUCGUGAUGAAGAUAUCAUCAUAUCGGGACAAAGACAUCCUUUCUUAGGGCGGUGGAAAGUUGGGGUGACUAAGGAUGGAAAAUUGCUAGCAAUGGACGUACAGGUCUACAAUAAUGGUGGUUGGUCAGCAGACCUUUCUUUGGCUGUACUUGAGCGCGGCAUGACACAUUUAGAUAACUGUUAUUAUGUACCAAAUGUACGAAUAACUGGACAUGUUUGCAAGACCAACAUUCAUUCAAACACAGCCUUUAGAGGAUUUGGAGGUCCUCAGGGGAUGAUGAUUACCGAAAAUAUGAUGAGUGAGAUUGCCGAUCGUAUGGGUAUUGAUGUUAAUGAUUUUCGGGAAAAAAACUUAUACGUAGAAGGCCAAAAAACGCACUUCAACCAAACACUCAAGGACUGGAAUAUACCUUUGAUUUAUCGUCAAGUUAAAAACGAUAGUGAAUUUGUUAAGCGAAGAGAAGAAAUUAACAAAUUUAAUUCUGAACAUAAAUGGCGGAAAAGAGGGUUAGCGUUGAUACCAACCAAAUUUGGAAUUUCAUACACAGCACUGCAUCUUAACCAGGCAGGUGCUCUGGUACACAUUUACCAUGAUGGAAGCGUUCUUAUAAGUCAUGGCGGAGUUGAGAUGGGGCAAGGUCUUCACACCAAAAUGUUGCAAAUUGCAGCUGAAACUUUGGAUGUUCCAUUGGAAACUGUCCACUUAAUGGAAACUGCUACAAAUUUAGUCGGCAAUACUUCAGCAACGGCAGCUAGUGUUAGUAGCGACAUUAACGGAUAUGCUGUAUCAAAUGCUUGUAAAACUUUGGUCGAAAGAUUAAAACCAUAUCGGGAGAAAAUGCCUAAUAAAAGUUUUAAGGAGAUCGUGCAUGCUGCAUAUUUCGAUCGAGUAAAUUUAUCCGCUAAUGGAUAUUACAAAACUCCCGAUAUAGGUUAUAAUUGGGAUAAAAAUGAAGGACAAAUAUUUUUUUAUUUUACAAUGGGUGUAGCAUGUACAGAAGUCGAGAUUGAUGUAUUAACAGGCGACCAUACAAUUUUGAGAACGGAUUUAUGUAUGGAUAUUGGUAGAAGCAUAAACUAUGCGAUAGAUGUAGGACAAAUUGAAGGUGCUUUUGUGCAAGGUGUUGGUUGGUGUACUAUUGAAGAAACUUUACAUUUUCCAAAUGGACAUAUAUUUACUAAAGGACCUGGAAAUUAUAAAUUACCCGGAUUCAG